AUGGCGGAAGAACCGGUCGAAUAUUCCGGCUUGGAUAAAGCCAAGAGGACGCGAGCAACCAUUAUCGCCGUGAUAUUUGUUUUAAUUGUAGCUGCGGUCAUUGCUGUCGUUGUCGUCAUUGCCACUUGUAUUGCUGCCAUCAUACGAAAUGGAGAUACAGAAAAACCGAAGCCUCCCUUUAAUGUAGAAGCCCUUUAUAGUACUGAAUAUAGGGCUAAGAAACCACAUUUUAAGUGGCUCUCAGAUACUGAAUAUGAAUACAAAACCGAAGAAGGUAAACUGAUGAAGAUGGAUUUAACUUCAGCAAAAGGCCAUGUAAUUAAUCACGUCGGCCAAUUUCUGUCAAACUAUUCUGCCUAUGCUUAUUGGUGGAGCAGUGACCAACGUUAUGUCUUGGCAGCAUAUGAUCAUAAAAAGAUCUACCGACACUCAUAUUUCGCGAGAUAUGCGCUAUAUGAUGUUACUACAAGAAUCACCACCCUUUUAGACGAAGCUGGUCAAGGGGUUCGUUUACGUGAAAUGAGCUGGUCUCCUACUGGCAACAAAUUGGCUUAUGUUUACAAUAAUGACUUGUACAUCAAGAAUUCACCUACAGCGAGUGGUCUUCGUGUAACUAUGAAUGGCAAAAUUGAUCAAAUCUACAAUGGUGCUGCUGACUGGGCUUACGAAGAGGAAAUAUUAAAUACAGGGAAUGCGAAAUACUGGUCACCAGAUGCAACGUAUUUGUGCUACGCUUCCUUUAAUGAUAGCCAUAUCAUUCAUGCCAAAUGGUUUACGUAUGAACCUGAUAGAAAUGGUUAUGUUGCGAAACUUCACAGUAUACCAUAUCCAAAGCCUGGAACAACGCUGCCUAAAUUUACGCUAAAUGUCGCGGCUAUUAGUAAUAAUAAUAUUUCCAGAAUAGUCACUCUACAACCACCGGCACGCAUUACCGGAGAUGGGAACUACUACUAUACCAAUGUUGUCUGGCCAAACAGCAAUACCAUUAUUGUAUACUGGUUGAAUAGAUUACAAAAUAUCAGUUCAGUUACAACGUGCAAUCCUCAAACAGGAGACUGUACAGAGAUUUCUGCAGCCUCAUCGACAACUUCUGGUGGAUAUGUUGACUUUCACUAUUAUCGACCAUUGUCUAGUUCUGAUGGUAGUACUUUAUACACGAUUUUACCGAAAGCUGUUGCAGAUAAAGGAACCUUUAAUCACAUUGCUAAAAUUGUUAUAUCGUUGUAUAAUUGUGGAGAAGUAACAAUUUCCUUAUUCUGGGUAGUUAUUUUCAAAGUACUAAGCAAUCGUCAACAACCAGACAUAUUUAUAGGUACCUACUCCUAUUUUUCGGCUACCUUUAGUUCUCAGGCAUCCUUUUAUUUCUUACGGUGCUUAGGCCCGAAUAUCCCAUCUUAUUACGUAGUUACUACAGCGACAAGUGACACAUUCUUGGUAUCGACUUUUGCUGUAAGACAAUAUUGUAAAUGGGUUAUUUUAGAGACCUUGCUAGAAAACAACACUGAACUAGCUACUAAAUUAUCUGAGCAUGAAUUAGCUGAACGUCAUAUUUACCAAAUUAAUAGCAAUGGUUACAAAUUAAAUGCUAUUGAAUACCGGCCUCCACUCUUUGACGCUAAUAAAAGAUAUCCAGUUAUGCUAUAUGUGUAUGGAGGGCCUGGUUCUCAAACUGUUAAAACUUCAUGGUCACUCGGAUUUCCGCAAUACUUUUCAACAACCCUUCAAAUGGUAGUGAUCAGAGUUGAUCCACGUGGAACGGGUUACCGAGGCAACAGGUUUAAGUUCUUAACAUAUAGAAAAAUUGGACUUUUAGAGUCAGACGACUUCCUCAAUGUAUUUAGAUACCUACGUCAACAAAGCUACGUCGAUCCAGAUAAGAUUUGCAUGUUUGGCUGGUCCUACGGUGGUUACAUGACGGCUAUGGUUACCGGUAGGAAUCAGGGCUUAUUCAAAAUUGGGUUCUCUGUUGCACCGGUUGCAAAUUGGGGAUUCUACGGAUUCAAGAAUAAAACUGUUUCAUUUUUUAUUGCUCAUGGCACAAGUGAUGACAAUGUCCAUUACUCUAAUACGGCAAUUUUGGUAGAAGCAUUACAAAAUGAAGUUAUUCCCUUUAGAAUGCAGGCGUAUACCAACAAAGAUCAUAGUAUUCGCGGUGGAGCCAAUAAGCAUUUAGUUCUGCAAAUGACAGAUAUGAUUACAAAAUCAUUUGGCAUUACGGUUUCCUCAGAAGGAGAAGAUUCACAAACUGAGUGA